AUGGAACCCACCACUGCGAAGAAGCAUGCCAGAGUUGAAGACCCGGAUGACGACGAUGACUACCCUCCUAGGUACAGACCACCCCCAUUCUGCCAGGACUGUGGAGCGAGAUCUCACCCAGGCACGUGUCGUCCCCGAUGCUAUCGCUGUGACAAGCGACACAUUGGGAUAUGCACUGCAUUCUGUAGGAAGUGUGCAGAGGUCGGUCACUCCUGGCGAUACUGCAGACUAUUUAUCCCCGACCAUAUAUGGCGCAAACAGCGUGGCCGGCGCACUAUUAUUCAAAACGUCAAGAUUACUGUGCCCAUAGUUGACCCUGCACCGGUAGUCACUGCAGCCACGCUCAACACUGCCAUUCUCGCUCAACUAGAUACCGCCCUUGGUAGGCUCCACAGCAAAGCCGGUAUCCCUAUGGAUUCACGUGUUGUACUGAACAAUGUGAACAUCACGACCAUCCUCGCCCCGAAGCCUAUUGCUCCGGACACCCCCUUACUGGAAAGAGUUCAAAGAAUUCCGACUGGGCCUCGAUCUAGCAUCCCCAAGAACAAGCCCGCUCCUGCGAAGUCUAGCGUUGCUCAGUCAGGCUUCCCUUGUUGCACGUUGACCCAACCGACGAACAUCUUCGCUCCCAAGACAACUGCUUCUAUUGCACCAGAUACCUCAUUACGGGAUAGAAUCCAACGAAUUCCUACUGGGCCUCGAUCUAGCAUCCCCAAAUGGAAGGUCGCUCCUACGAAGCCUGCCUCUGCUCAGUCGGCAUUCGCCAGUUCCAAAUUCCCCCAGCCGAUCUUUGGCCAAACUGCAUUCUCCCUGCCUACCUUCAUACAAACUAACGACCUCAGCAUAACUCCAACCUGGCCUCAUCACAGUCAGCCUUCACCCGACUCGAAACACUGA